AUGCAUUAACAAGAAUAAAAAGAUAUCAAGUAAUGCAAACAGGAAGAACAGAGGAUUGAUUUAUACUUUAAUUUUGAAGAAUCAGCAGUUCCGAACAUAGUAUCAGAUGAUAAUCUUACUACUGUAAGAAUAGCAUUGCUGAUUCCAUCGUUGCUGACUUUUAUUGGGGGUAUGUUUGUUUUAUCACCUUUGGACAUGUUUCUGUUCUUUACCAACUGGGGAAUGCACAUAGUCAAUAUAUCUCUGAUUUUAUCUAUCCUUGCAAAGACUGACAGAUGGAGAAAGAACUUAGCCUUCAAGAAAUGGGCAGGAAUCUUGAAUGAAAUUGCUUUCAUUUCUCAAUUUGCUAUUGUUACUAUCUAUUGGCCUGUGCUACACAGCUACUCAUUAGAAAUCGUGGAGAAGAUUAGAGUGGAGCAUCCAGAUAUGGCUUGGAAAGUUCAUCAUCUUAUUAUAUAUCUGCACAGUAUACCUGCAUUAUCAAUAUUUCUCAAUGUGUUUAUUUCAAAGCUUGUAUUUUUCUAUGAACACGCCAGAGGCCUGGUAAUAUACAGUACAGUUUACUACAUUGUUAAUUUUUUGGGAACUAAAUAUCGUGGCAAACCGAUUUAUCCCUUUUUGACCUGGGAGGACUGGUGGUCUUUAGUGAUUUGCAUUAUAAUAGUUCUACCUAAUUACUAUGUCUACUUGGGAGUUUGUGCUCUUGUUAGAUAUUUCAGACCUCCUCCCAAUCAAAUUAAAACUGAUUGA